AUGCGCAUGCACCACCACAACCUGUCGAUUGAAGCAUGGAUUCAAAACAUCAUGGAACCUAACUAUUUCAACUGGCUGGUUGAUUCCCAAGUCACAGACUCCUUGGAGGGACAGGUGUGGGUCCCACAGGACCCUGCCCUGCUGCUACAGCCGGCCACGGCGCUACAGCCGGAGGGGCCUGUGGCUCUGAUACCACGCAACGGGGACGCGUGGGGGGGGUAUGACGGGGCCCCGGAUCUUCUGUUCAAGGAAAAGGGCGACUACAUCAAUGCGGGGGUGCUGCUGUGUAGACGGUCCCUCGACACCUUGGAGUUCUUGAGGCAAUGGUACAUUAUACAGAAAGCAGAGGAAAUCCAUCGAUACAAGCACAUAUGGGAGCAGGCGAGCCUGAACGCCUUAGCCCGUCAGAAGCAGUGGAAGGGGAAGGUGAUUAUAGUUCCUUACAGCGAGCUGACAGGCCCUAACGGGGCCAUGAUUCGGCACGUGUGGGGCAAUCUGCGCAAGGGAACACACCACAGGGUGUCAAUGGAGGCUCUGCAGGAGAUCAUGGGGCUGCCGCAGUGA